AUGGUUUCUUUUUCUUUCUCCUACCAAAACAACUGUUUCUACUUCCAUCUGCCUUUUACUUGCGUAACCUUCACCAAGAGAGAAUCAACGAUUCUUUUUUUUUCUAUCUCUUGCUCUCUUGCCAUGUCCACUGUCGUAAAUUCCCAGAAAUCAAGAAUUCUUCACUCCUCUCUCUUUUCAGUUUCAAUUUAUCUAAAUUCUUAUCUCCCUUUUUUCUUUCCAUUUCUUUCUAUUUUAAUAUUUUCUAUAUUUAUUCUUCAGCUUGACAUCUUUUCCUGUUCGUCUUUUUUUAUCGAACUCACCUUCAUUCUUUCCUUUUGUCCAUUCCUUAGUUUGUAUAUUUUAUUCGUCCCUCUUCGGGAAAGUUUUACUCCAAAUCGUUUUGUUUUCUUUCUGUUUUCUUUUCAAAUUCUCCUUUUUUCCCUAAACUUCUUUCUCUUUGAUUUUCUUUUCUUUUAUUCUCUUUCCAUUUCUUUACUUUGCCGAUUGUUUCUUUUCUUUUCUCGCUCCACGCUUUUUACUGCGAAAGCCCCCGCUCUUUACUGCGUGAGUUCACGCUCUUUAUGCGCGAGUUCACGCUCUUUACUGCGCGAGCCACCGCUCUUUACUGCUCGAGUCCACGCUCAUUACUGCUCGAGUCCACGCUCUUUACUGCGCGAGCCCCCGCUCUUUACUGCUCGAGUCCACGCUCUUUACUGUGCGAGUUCACGCUUUUUACUGCGUGAGCCCCCGCUCUUUACUGCUCGAGUCCACGCUCUUUACUGCGUGAGUUCACGCUCUUUACUGCGCGAGUUCACGCUCUUUACUGCGCGAACUCCCACCCCCGCUCUUUACUGCUCGAGAUUCCCGCUUUUUACUGCUCGAGUCCACGCUCUUCUUUGCGCGAUCCCCCGCUCUUUACUGCUCGAGUCCACGCUCUUUGCUGCGCGAGUUCACGCUCUUUACUGCGCGACCCCCCGCUCUUUACUGCUCGAGUCCACGCUCUUUACUGCGCGAGUUCACGCUCUUUACUGCGCGAGCCCCCGCUCUUUACUGCACAAGCCCCCGCUCUUUACUGCGCGAGUUCACGCUCUUUACAUUCGUCCGCUACGCGGUUUUCUUUUUAAGAAUUUUACUAAUUAA